AUGCCGCCCUGUCAGGACGAAAAAGGCAAAGGCGGAUGGAUAAGGGAGAGAAAGAGUGCGAGAGAGCAGACGCGUAAGGAAACGCCAGACGGGAUCCCGGCGGAGCGACAGCCCGUCCUGCCCCGGGCGGCAAAUGAGGGGGAGGAGUAUUGUAAAAGGCGGGCUUAG